AUGGGAAAUACACACUCUAACUCGAAUGCUCGGAUGGCCGGCAUCGGCAACCUCGUCGCGGAGGUGGGCAACGACAUCCAAUACGACAAAGGCAUCGGCAAUUCUCGCUUCUUGCGUGCGGUUAGAGCCAGACACCGGCUCGGACCCAUCGUCGUAAAGACGUUCGUCAAGCCCGACCCUUCCAUGAGCCUGAAAAGCCUCGUCAAGCACAUCCGCAUCGAGCGCGAAUCUCUGGCAGAUGUUCCGAACGUCCUCACAUAUCAGAAGGUGGUGGAGACCGAGCGUGCAGGAUAUCUCAUUCGACAAUGGCUUCACAGCAAUCUUUACGAUAGGAUCAGCACCCGUCCCUUCCUCAGUUCGAUCGAGAAGAGGUGGAUCACCUACCAAUUGUUGCACGCGAUGCGAGACACUCACGAACGUGGGAUCGCUCACGGCGACCUCAAAUGCGAAAAUAUCCUCGUCACCACUUCGUUGAUGGUCUAUGUCACCGACUUUGCUUCAUCCUUCAAGCCGACCUACCUCCCUCUCGACGAUCCGUCCGACUUUUCCUUCUUCUUCGACACUUCAGGCAGAAGGACAUGCUACCUCGCACCUGAGCGCUUUUAUGAGGCAGGCUCAAAGUAUGCGUCCGGUGAUACGAGAGCGGGCACAGGUGACGGAGAUGCUUUCGAUCGUAUCGGUGGUGUCAAGGCGGAUCUUCUUGGUAUGGGCAGGCAAAGCGGCAAAGUCACCCAAUCCAUGGACGUCUUCUCUCUGGGCUGCGUCAUCGCCGAAUUGUGGCGUGAAGGUGCGCCAACCUUCACAUUGAGUCAGCUCUUCAAGUACAGAGAGGGAAUGUUCGACGUCGAUGCGAUGCUCGCUGGCAUCACAGACGACUCUGUUCGUGCCCUUGUGCGCAGCAUGGUUUCGCUUGACCCAGCGGACCGAAAGACUUUCGAGCAGUAUUUGACAGACAGUCGAGGCACUGUCUUCCCCGCGACCAUCCCAGACUUCUUCCACGAAUACCUCGUAGAGCUGCAGAGAACAUCGCCCACAGCUCUGAACCCGAACAACAAUAACAGCGGUCUCUCGUCAAUCGACAGCGUUGCGAGCGGAUCCAAUGCAUCGGUCACUGCCCUCUCCAUGCGAUCAGAGGCGACAAGCCGUCAAGCGCAACGGACAGAAAGUGAUGAGCGGGUCGAGAAGCUGUACGAGGAGUGGUCAAGUAUUGUGAAGCUCUUUGACGACCCGACAGAUCGCACAGGCGCAUCAUCUCCCUCAACUGGCCCAAGUGGAGUUGCGGCACGUUCGAAUGGUGUCUUGGGACGUUUCGCCUUCCAGUCGAGCUUCCAGAAACCGCCAGAGGCAGAGGCUGCUGAUGUCGAGCGAUCCACUGCCGACGAAUUGGACGACGUUUUCCCUGUCCACCUAUCUAUACCCGGAAUCCCGCCAAGUCAAGCGCUGCUGGACGGCGCAGGUGCGGAAGUAGACAGUACAGCUCAGCUGGUGCUCUCCGUCAUCCUUGCGAACCUACGGAACUGCAUCCGACCGUCCUCAAAAUGCCACGCACUCGAGCUGCUCGUCCAUCUCUCGACUCGUUGGCUCACUGACGAAACUAAGCUGGAUCGCGUCCUACCCUACGUGAUGUCACUCUUUGAUGAUCCGUCGUCGCAGGUGAGAAUGGCCGCCAUUCGCAGCUGCGUACAGACACUGUUACUUGUGAGGAUUGUGACGCCGUCCAAUGCUUCCAUCUUCCCCGAAUACAUCAUGCCCAAUAUCAAGCAGCUCGGACUCGAUCCUUCGACACCGGUAAGAUGUACCUUUGCGGCCUCAAUCGUUCCCCUUGCUGAGACGGCCGAACGUUUCUUGCAAAUGUCGCAGGCCAUGCGCGCUGAGGGCCUUUUUGCAGUAGAGAGCGAUCUCAACGGCGGCUUCAUAGAUGGUCAGCCCAACGAAUCGAACUACGACGAGCAGCUACGAACGUUCCAGGCGCUGUUGCAAGAGAUUAUCGUUACACUCCUCACUGAUCCAUCUGCAUCAGUGAAACGUGCCUUGCUGGGCAGUAUCGCUCCUCUCUGUCGCUUCUUCGGCAUGGCGAAGACGAACGACGUCAUGCUUAGUCAUAUGAUCACCUACCUCAACGACCGCAACUGGCUUCUGAGAGAGGCGUUCUUCGACAUCAUUGUCGACGUUGCUGAGGUUUCAGGUAACCGCAGUUUGGAAGAAUACAUCCUGCCGCUCAUGACGCAGGCGCUGUCGGACUCGGAGGAGAACGUGGUCUACCGCGUCAUCAAAGGCCUUCGCACGAUGACGGAGAGGGGUCUGUUGGACCGCGCUAGACUGCUUUCGCUGUUGGACACAACGAUCGGUUUCCUUUGCCAUCCGGAUCUUUGGCUGAGGCAGGCAUCCGCGGGUCUCAUUGCGGCAGCAGCAGCCAAGCUCGAGGAUGUCGAUGUUUGGGCCAUUCUAUAUCCUUCUCUUCGCCCUCUGCUCCGUUCAGACGUGCAAGACCUGACCGAAAUCACGUUGCUCGAUAUGGCCAAGGCUCCACUCACACGACCUGUGUUCUCUGCUGCACUUGGAUGGGCCUCGCAGGCGUUCAAUUCUGCUUUCUGGAAGGGCUCAGUAGAUGGCAAAGAUCAAGCCGGACUCAAGAAUGGACUUGCUACGGAAGGUGUGGGACUCUUGCUCGGCAAGAGUGGUCGAGAUCUGAUCAUUCCUUCCAGAGGACGUACGGAAGAAGACGAUCGCUUCCGCGACAAGCUCAGAAGUAUGGGCAUGGACGACGACGACGAGGUCAAGCUCGUCGCGCUGCGUAGCAUCAUCCGACGACUUUCCAAGCAAGGAUCCAAAAUCAUUUCAGGACAUGUCGACUGGGACGUCUCGAGUCCAGAAGACAGUGCUGGAGCUCACAGUGCUGACAGCGGACGCGCUCAUCCGAAAGCAGUCAUCGAACCUCAGUCUCUUGAUGGCAUAACCCCACAAACCAUCUUCUUCAGCACCAAGGUGGAUCAGAGACCCGCACCUGCCGCUUCUGAAGGCGCAAGCACGUAUACAGGGACUUUCCGGUCGCAAGACGACGCAUCUUUCUCCGCGCAGGUGGCCAAGCGAAGGCUGCUGGGCCAUCGCACUUCGAGCGAAUCUUCUUUCGCCAGUCCGAUUGCAGACAUUCGAAGGCGUAUGACAUCAACUAGCAUCGCAGACCCUCAACCCUCGACCUUUUCCACGCGUCUAUCCAGCCUUGCAGAAGAGCACGCUCAGGGAAGGGAGCGCGGCAGCGCCGCACCCGCCCCCUCAAGUCCCUUGUCCCAACAGACGCAAGCAAGGCUCGGAGUCGGCAAAGCGACUGCCGCUGUGGCCUCGACCGCGCUGACCGCCACAGGGACGAUGACCGAAGCGUCAGCGAGAGCUCGUGCUCAACAUGCAGCAGCAGCACAGGCAUCGAACAAGCCUACACCAACUGGUUCACGCACAUCGCCUGUACUAGGAGCAGGUGGUGCGGACGACGCGGGAAAGCUCGGAGCUGCAGCCGGCGUCGACGGAGGAUCGAGUGCAGGCUUCACCAGCACGUACGAUGGCAAUGAUCCGUACAUCCGCGCGCAUCUCGAAGCCGUCUACCUGGAUUCCUUCCGCGACAGGCCUGAGCUUGGACCUAAAAUACAUGCUGGUGUAGCCCGACGCAAAGGUGGUGCACCUUGGAAUCGAUCUUCAGCAUUGCCGCGAGCUCCGACAUCCAGUACAAGCAAACGUCGGCCAGAAGGACGGCUCAUCGCAUAUUUCACCGAGCAUUCGGCUGCAAUCACUUGCCUUGCUCUUUCGCCCGAUCAUGCCUACUUUGUCUCGGGCUCACAAGAUGGCACGCUGAAAGUGUGGGACACGGCUCGACUCGAGAAGAAUGUUACCAGCAAGUCAAGAGCGACCUACUCGGCGCAAAAAGGCGCGAUCACUGGUGUCAUUGCUAUUGAAGGCAGCCAUUGUGUUGCUUCCAUCGCAACUGAUGGCUCUUUGCACGUGUGGAGGAUUGAUAUGAUCCAAUCCACUUCCAGUGUCCCGCGAUAUGGUCGACCGAAGCUUGUCUCCAACUUCCAGCUCAGCACCCCGGACGAAUACGCAACAUGCUUGGUUCAGAGCAGCACUGAGACCUCAUCUCACCUCAUCCUCGGUACCACGCUCAGCCGCCUCACUAUUCUGGAUUUGAGGACGAUGCAAGUAUUGCAGACACUCCGAAACCCGGUCGAGUAUGGACCGAUCACGUGCUUGUGCGUGGACAGAAAGAAGGCAUGGUUGCUCGUCGGAACUCUGACAGGUGUUGUAUGUCUAUGGGAUCUUCGCUUCGGCUUACGAUUGCGGGCCUGGCACGUCGGAGCAAGCGAGAUUGGCAGUUUGCAUCGAGUCAACCAGAUCGCGAUCCACCCUUCGAAAGGAAGAGGUCGAUGGGUGCUCGUCGCCUUCGAAAACAGAGGCAAGGCUCCUUCGCAAGGGCAAGGAAGUGAAGCAGAUCAGCCAGAGGUCAUUGUUGAGACGUGGGACAUCGAUCGAGGCAUCCGCGUGGAGACAUUCGAGGCCCAGAAGGACUCGUCACAAGCACCAAUUGAGGCUGAUCGAAGCACAAAGCUUAGACAGGUGCAGGAUGAAGUCGACGCACGAGCUGGUGGCCUGAGCGAUAGUGGAAGCUCCAACCGCACAAUGUCGGGCAACGCGAAAAUUAGGCACGACUCAAUGCUGACCGGAGCUGCCGCUGCGAUCGAGAGGCUUCUCCAGCAGCAGCAACAGCAUAUUCAAGGCUUGAGUUCGGAAGGAACACAAGCUGCCGUGGAGGACGACCCUUUUGACUCUGGUCCUGCAACUGGUGCUACCGCGCGUUUGCAAAGCGGUAUAGCUUCAGGAGCGGCAGUGCAGAGCUGCUCAGUCAAAGCCCUCUUCGUCAGUUUAGAAGGUUACUCUAGCUCCUCCCUCUCUGCUGCUGCGGCGGCAGCAGCAGCAGCAGCAGCGAAGCCAUCGAAUGCCACCACGCAAGAAGAUGCAGCAGAAGGAGGGGUGGACGGAACAGACACGAUCCACGCUGAAACAGGUGGAGGCUGGCUAGACGUUGGCAAGCUCACUCGUGCUACGGAUCGAAUGAGCGUCUCUUCUCUGCCGUCACAGAAUCCUCCCACUUCUACUGCUGCGCCAAGUGCACCGAUUCUGAGCAACGGUGGCGGAUCAGGUCCGGGAGGCUACAUGAUCACAGCGGGAUCCGACGGUCGACUACGGUUCUGGGAUCUCGGCAAGCCGGAAAAGUCUCUCGUCUUUGGAGUUCAACCUCGGGUCCUACCUCAGUCGUCAGCAUCUUCUUCCCUCGGCAGACCUCAGUCGACCCUUGGUGCGGGGGCGUUAGUCUCCGUCGAACCAAGAUCAGAGUUUCGUUGCCUGCAUCCCACAGCCCCAGGUACACCGGCAAGAGUCGUUCACACUAUGUGGUUUGGCGAUCAAGCAGAGGAAGAACAAAAAGGUUUAGCAGGGACAAGGUUGAAGUCUCCUCUGUUGGCAAAUCAGACUGCGGUGUAUGCUGGCAUGUCAAGGGCGCACAAGGAUGCUGUGACGGAUGUACUGGUCAUUGAAAGUCCGUUCAGGUGUGUUGUCGCUGCUGAUAGAAGUGGAUGUAUUCGUGUUUGGGAGUGA